UAUGGUAACUCUUCUUUAACUAUCAAAAAUUAUGUUAGUAACGUCAAAACAAUUUUCGCACGUGUGGAAACUGUUUUUUUUUUUUGGAGUAAUUAAGAGCUAAGGAUAUAUAACUUGAAAAACUAAGGUUUUAGAAGCAAAUAAUGCUAGAUCAAGAUGGUAUGGACAAAAAGAAAUCUCACCGUCAACGGCAAUCCGGUAUUAAAGCCGAAAAAAAGAAAGUCAAAGCCAAGAAAGAUUUAAAUCAAAAGGAGGAGAAUCUUACCGCUCGACAAAGAAAUCCUAAAGCUUUUGCUAUCAACUCAGCACAGCGUGCGGAACGUAAUUUUCGUCGUAAAGAAGAUUUAACAGCAAAAAAGCAGCACAUACCUGUAGUGGAUCAGACUCCUGAUGAACCUCCACCAGUUUUAAUUGCUGUAGUAGGACCCCCUAAGGUGGGCAAGACAACUUUAAUAAACAACUUAAUUAAAAAUUUUACACGCACUAAUGUUACAGAAAUACGUGGACCAAUAACCAUUGUAACCUCCAAAAAGCGACGUAUAACUUUAUUGGAGUGCAACAAUGAUAUAAAUUCAAUGAUUGAUGUAUCGAAAUGUGCUGAUUUAGUGUUGUUGUUGUGCGAUGCAAGUUAUGGAUUUGAAAUGGAAAUAUUUGAAUUUUUAAAUAUUUGCCAGGUGCAUGGCAUGCCUAAAAUAAUGGGUGUGCUAACGCAUUUGGAUAUGAUACGUAAUCCAAAACAGUUACGAAAACGGAAGAAAGAGCUAAAACAUCGUUUCUGGACUGAAGUUUAUGAUGGCGCAAAACUGUUUUACCUAUCAGGUAUAUUGCAUGGCGAGUAUUUGCGUAAUGAGGUUAAAAAUCUUGGUCGUUUCAUUUCGGUUAUGAAAUUUCGUCCGUUACAAUGGCGAGGAGCACAUAGCUAUUUGUUGGUAGAUCGUGUUGAAGACGUCACAAAUACUGAUACUAUAAGAAGGGAUGCCAAAUGUGAUCGCGAAGUUGUACUGUAUGGAUACGUACGUGGUGUGCCUUUAAAACAAGAACAUAUGGUACACAUCGCUGGCCUAGGUGACAUGCGGAUAGAGGAAUUAAGUCAAAUACCGGAUCCCUGUCCUUUACCCGGUACUGAAAAGAAAAGAAGUCUUUUGGAGAAGGAAAGACUGUUGUAUGCGCCAAUGUCAGGCGUUGGAGGAAUUGUUUAUGAUAAAGAUGCUGUAUAUAUUGAAUUACAAGGUUCACAUAGCCAUAAAGAGAGAAAUGAAAUCUCUGCAGAACAAGAUAAAUUAGUUGGAAAGUUGAUUGAGAAGAAGCAGACUGUUGAUGAACAAAUUCAAGAGCAAGAAUUUAAAUUGUUCUCUGAUGGUGUGGCCAUUAAGUCUAAAGAUUUUAAAGAUGAUAAUAUAAAUGAAGAUAUAACAGAAAGUGAAGAUUCCGGUUUAGAUGAAGACGAGGAUGAAGAAAUUGACAAUGAUAAUGAAAACAGUUAUAAUAUGGGAUGGAAUGCUGAAGAAAGCAAUGAGGAAAAUGAAGCUAUAAGUGGUGAUGAAAGUGAGUCAUCUGAUGAGGAUUAUCAAAACACAGAAAAUUUCGCAUUAUCCAGUGGAAAUGACGAUAGUGAUGCAGACUCAGAAAAUAAUAAAAAGGAAGUAAUGGAAAAUAGUAUGAGUUGGAAAGAAAAUUUGGCUCAAAAAGCGCGAGACGCAUUUUUGCAAAGACAUUCUGAAUCACGAAAUCUAAUGCGUUUAGUCUAUGGUUGUUAUACACAAAACAAAAGUACAAAAAAAGAAGAAAAUAAUGAUUCCGAUACUGAGGAUGAAUUAGGUGGACUUUUUAAAGUUGUAACAAAAAAACAGAAAGAUAUUCACAAAGAGAAAGACAUGCGAGAUAAGGAAGAACAGUGCUUCUUUGAAGAUUUAUCAGGUACUACGCGAAAUUGGCUAAAUGAUGACCAAAAAGAAUUAAUAAAGAAUUGUUUUGUUACUGGCAAGUGGAAAGCUUCUGAGGAUGCUGAAAAUCUUUUACGUCUUGAUGAUAUGAGUGAUGCGGAAAGCGAGGUUUAUGGAGAUUUUGAGGACUUAGAGACUGGUGAAAAACAUACUGGAAAGCCAGUUGAAGAGCACAUGGAACACAUGGAUGAUCAAAAUGAAACGAAGGAAAUAUCUGAAGAGACUGGUAAACGAAAAAUAACAAGGGUGGAGGAAGAAAAUCUUACAAAAGCGGAAAUAAUGGCAAAAAAAUUAAAGCUAAAAGCUAAAUUUGACGCAGAAUACGACAAUAAAGGGCAAAAAGAAGAUGAUGGACGUAUUACCGGUGAUCAUGAUUAUUAUGAAAGUCUUAAAGCAGAAGCACAGAAACAGUCGCAGCUAAAUAAAAGUGAAUUUGAAAAUUUAGAUGCAGAUUUACGUGUUCAAAUCGAAGGUUAUCGUGCUGGAAUGUAUGUUCGUUUAGGUUUUAGAAAUGUGCCUUCUGAAUUUAUAGAACAUUUUGAUGCUACCUAUCCGGUGCUGGUAGGUGGCUUAAAUUUGUCUGAAGAAAAUGUUGGAUUUGUAAACUGCAAAGUAAAGAAGCAUCGUUGGUAUAAAAAAAUAUUGAAAACAGGAGAUCCAAUUAUUAUUUCUAUGGGUUGGCGAAGAUUUCAGACAGUAGCCGUGUUUGCUAAGAUAGAAGACAAUUUUCGACAUCGUUACCUUAAAUAUACACCAAAUCAUGUAACUUGCAGUAUGACUUUUUGGGGUCCCAUUACACCUCAAAAUACUGGAUUUUUAGCGUUGCAAAGUGUACAGCACGAUUUAGAGGCUAUGAAACGUCUGGGAUUUCGCAUAGCUGCGACAGGUUGUGUUACGGAGCUGGAUAAAUCUACUCAAAUAAUGAAGAAAUUGAAAUUGGUUGGACAUCCAUUUAAAAUAUACAAAAAAUCAGCAUUUAUAAAAGGUAUGUUUAAUACUACGUUGGAAGUAGCUAAAUUUGAAGGUGCCAAAAUAAAAACCGUGUCUGGUAUUAGAGGACAAAUAAAGAAGUCUCAUCACACACCUGAGGGAAGCUUUCGUGCAACAUUUGAAGACAAAAUUUUAUUAAGUGAUAUUGUUUUUUGUCGUACAUGGUUCCGUGUUGAUGUGCCUCGUUUUUAUGCACCAGUAACUUCGUUAUUACUGUGUGGAGAAGAGAAAUUGCAAUGGCAGGGUAUGAAGACUUUGGGUCAACUAAAGCGAGAACGUGAGAUUCGCAACGAAGUUCAAACCGACAGUCUGUAUACGGAAAUCAAACGGCAGCCUAAAGUGUUUAAACCAUUGGUAAUUCCAAAAGCUCUACAACGCGCAUUACCUUACAAAGACAAGCCUAAAAUGGGGCCGUUACAUCCAGGAAAAACAAUUGAACAAAAACGAAUUGCAGUUAUUAAUUCACCACAUGAACAGAAGGUAGCAAAAAUGAUUAAAAUGAUGGAAACUAACUACCAAGAGAAACGCCUUAAAGAUAGAAAAGAUACUCGACUUCGAUUAAAGAAAUUUCGAGCCGAAAAACGUGUUGAUGAAUUUCGAAAAAACAAACGACAGAAAGAGUUACGCAAAAAAGUCUCACGUGCCCUUAGUAAAAUGCGCAGCAGGCAACAAACAUAAUGCUAAAUUAUAUUGUUCAAAUUUUUGUAUAUUCAAAAUGAAAAUCAGCAAAAUGGAAAUAUAUUUUAUAAAGAUU